AUGAAAGUCCUUGGUUUAGCUUUCGUCGUCUUGUUCUUCGUCUCCGGUACUUAUGCUACCGUUGACUCUCCCGACUCCAUCUACCAAAACUUCCUCCAAUGUUUCUCAAACCAUACAAAAGCUCCUGCUAACUCCCUAGCCGACGUCGUUUUACCAAAAACCGCUGCCGCUUUCACCCCCGCCCUGCGCGCUUACAUCCGAAACGCGCGUUACAACACAACCGCGACUCCCAAACCAGCGAUCGUAAUCGUGGCGCGUUCCGACGCUCACGUCCAAGCCGCCGUCGUCUGCUCCAAAUCGCUAAACAUCAACCUCAGAACCCGAAGCGGAGGCCAUGACUACGAAGCGCUCUCCUACGUCUCCCACGUCCCUUUCUUCGUCCUCGACAUGUCAAUCCUCCGCACCAUCACCGUCGAAGGCGACUCCGCCUGGAUCGGAGCCGGCGCUACCCUCGGCGAGGUCUACUACAACAUCUGGCAGAAAUCCAAAGCCCACGGAUUCCCCGCCGGAGUCUGCCCCACAGUCGGCGCCGGAGGUCACAUCAGCGGCGGAGGCUACGGAAACAUGAUCCGAAAAUACGGACUCUCCGUCGAUUACGUAACCGACGCCAAAUUCGUCGACGUCAACGGACGCCUCCUCGAUCGGAAAUCAAUGGGAGAGGAUCUCUUCUGGGCGAUCAGAGGCGGAGGAGGCGCGAGCUUCGGCGUGAUCGUAGCUUUCAAGAUCACACUCGUCCCCGUCCCACCAACCGUCACCGUCUUCAGAGUCGAGAAGUACCUCGACCAAAACGCCAUCGAAAUGGUCCACAAAUGGCAAUUCGUCGCGCCCAAAACCGAUCCAGGUCUCUUCAUGAGGCUGUUGCUACAGCCGGUGACGAGAAACAAGCAGCAGACGGUGAGAGCAUCCGUCGUGGCUCUGUAUUUGGGAAAGCAAAACGACGUCUUAUCUCUGCUAACCAAAGACUUCCCUGAGCUCGGUUUGGUGAAAGAGAACUGCACGGAGCUCACCUGGAUCCAGUCGGUGCUCUGGUGGGCCAACAACGAGAACGCCACGCAGGUCAAACCGGAGAUUCUCCUUGACCGGAACCCUGACAUGGCGUCGUUCCUGAAGCGUAAAUCGGACUUCGUCGACAAAGAGAUCACCAAAGAAGGGUUAGACUUCUUGAUAAAGAAGAUGAUCGAAGUCGGGAAGAUCGGUUUGGUGUUUAACCCUUACGGAGGGAAGAUGAGCGAGAUUAAGACGACGGAUACGCCGUUCCCUCACAGGAAGUCGCUCUACAAGGUGCAGCACUCGAUGAACUGGAAAGAUCCCGGAACGGAAGCUGAGAGCAGUUUCUUGCAGCAGACGAGAAGCUUCUACAGCUACAUGGCUCCUUUUGUCACCAAGAACCCUAGACAUGCGUAUAUCAACUACAGGGAUUUGGAUAUUGGGGUCAACACUCAUGGGCCUAACAGUUACAGAGAGGCAGAGGUUUAUGGGAGGAAGUAUUUUGGAGAGAAUUUUGAUCGGUUGGUUAAAGUGAAGACUGCCGUUGAUCCUCAGAACUUCUUCAGGGAUGAACAGAGCAUUCCUACGUCUAGCAAGUAA